AGGGAUGGACCUAGGAUGUGUCCUCUCACCAGGCAGCCAGAAGGCUGGAUGCUGCUGGCUCUGAGCUCACACUGUGGCCUGGGCCUCGCAAACAAACUGGCCGGCCACAGCCUCCCACAACGGGCUCUCAGCCCCCUCGCUAAACACACGCGCAGGAAAGAACUUGCGCAGGGCCAGGGCAGCGACUCUGCUUUUCUAUUGGUGGGGCGUGUCCCCCCCCUCCGCCCACGGCCCGGCCAAUCAGCGCGCGUUCCCUCUCCAAAAGCUAGCGAGGGUAACGACUGGGAGAAUUCCCUUCGCACACGCGCAGGGAAACAGCUGGGGGGCGGCGGCUGCUGCGGGCCGGGCGUCUCAUCCACGCGCAGUGGGACUCCGGCUGCUGCCGCCGCUUGUCUCUUCCUGUCAGUCCAAGAGAACAAACUGUUUUGGAGACCCCUGAAGCAAGAAGUUCAAGGCAUUGGUGACACGAUGCCUUCAGUUCCUCCAGAAGCAGAGAUGGACAACGGUUCCUGCCCUCACUUCUCUGCUAAAUGUGUGCUGAAUGGAGGCCUGGAGAAGGAGUCCGGUAACAUCAGUGAGGAGAGAAAGUGGAUCCGACCUGACACCCCUAGCAAAUGUACCUGGGAGCCAGGAAAACUCCCCUCUGAAUCCCCUCAUUAUCACCCCACUUCGUCAAAGUCUCCAAACAUCCUGCCAAACAUUCUGAAGAAAAUUGGUGAUACUCCUCUGGUACAAAUCAACAAGAUCGGAAAGUUCUUUGGACUCAAGUGUGAACUCUUGGCAAAGUGUGAGUACUUUAAUGCUGGGGGGAGCGUGAAGGAUCGAAUUAGCCUGAGGAUGGUGGAGGAUGCAGAAAGAGCUGGGAUUUUGAAACAUGGGGACACGAUCAUUGAGCCAACAUCAGGAAACACAGGAAUUGGGCUGGCCCUGGCUGCUGCAGUGAAAGGCUACCGCUGCAUCAUUGUGAUGCCAGAGAAAAUGAGCAUGGAGAAGGUGGAUGUUCUGAGAGCUCUUGGCGCUGAGAUUGUGAGGACCCCAACUACUGCCAGAUUUGACUCGCCUGAAUCUCAUGUGGGAGUAGCAUGGCGACUGAAAAAUGAAAUCCCCAAUUCCCAUAUCCUAGACCAGUACCGCAACGCCAGUAACCCCUUGGCACACUAUGACACUACAGCAGAGGAGAUCCUGCAGCAGUGUGAAGGAAAAAUAGACAUGCUGGUGGCUGGAGCUGGUACAGGAGGCACCAUUACUGGCAUUGCAAGAAAGCUGAAAGAGAAAUGCCCAGAUUGCAAAAUUAUUGGCGUCGAUCCCCAGGGCUCCAUUCUUGCUGAGCCUGAAGAACUGAAUAAGACUGACAAGACAACAUACGAGGUGGAGGGGAUUGGAUAUGAUUUUGUCCCUACAGUGCUGGACAGAUCGGUGGUGGACAAGUGGUACAAGAGCAAUGAUGAGGAGUCUUUUUCUUUGGCACGCAUGUUAAUCAGAGAGGAAGGAUUAUUGUGUGGUGGCAGCUCUGGCAGUGCAAUGUCCAUUGCUGUGAAGGCUGCCAAGGAUUUGACAGAAGGUCAGCGCUGUGUUGUCAUCUUGCCCGACUCUGUCAGGAACUACAUGUCCAAGUUUUUGAAUGACAAAUGGAUGACCCAGAAAGGGUUCAUGAAAGAAGAUGAUGACAUCGUUAAGAAACCUUGGUGGUGGAACCUCAAAGUUCAGGAAUUAAGUCUCUCUGCUCCCCUGACAGUGCUUCCAGGUGUCACCUGUGAAAAGACCAUUGAAAUCCUCCGAGAGAAGGGAUUUGACCAGGCACCAGUUGUUGAUGAUUGUGGUGUGAUUUUGGGAAUGGUUACCCUUGGGAACAUGCUUUCAUCAUUACUUGCUGGGAAAGUUCAGCCAUCAGAUCAUGUCAGCAAAGUAAUCUACAAGCAAUUCAGACAGAUUCAUCUGAAAGACAGCUUGGGGAAACUUUCUCAUAUCCUGGAAAUAGACCACUUUGCUCUAGUUGUACAUGAACAGAUUCAGUAUCACAGUGACGGCUCCUCCAGUAAGAGACAGAUGGUGUUUGGCGUUGUUACAGCCAUUGACUUGCUUAAUUUUGUGACUGCACGGGAGUGGGAAAGAAGGGCCACCUAAGUUCAAGGACCACUCUGUUUCAACAUCUUCCGUGGCAUUUUGCAGUCUCUAGAAAGAAUCAGGCCUCGUCUCUCUCUCUCUCUCUCUCUCUCUCUCUCUCUCUCUCUCUCUCUCCCUUUGCUAGAAUGUUCUGUCUCCUGUUUUGUUUUUAACAUUCUAAAAAUAAACACAGUUGGGAUCAUCCUGACUGCUGUGAUGUAACAGCACAUCUAAACGUUGCAGAGCUUUUCAGGAUUGUUAGCUCUCAAUCUCCUGUAAUUGGUUGAUCUGCAUAGAAUUUAUAUAAAAAAACAAAUGUUAGACCGUACUGAUUGUGCUUAAAGUCUAAAACACUGUUAACACUUAAUUGAAGGUAAUAAACUGAACAGCCACAGCCAAGCUGAGGCGAGAGCAAUCUAGGAAGACUGCCUAUGAGACUGUGUGUGUUGCUCAUUGACAUAAAAUAAGUCCAAGACACUGGAUUUGGUGACAAUAUGGGUAUGCCUUCCCUAGUAAAACAUUUGUGUAUCUUUUCACAGUGAGAUCGUUAACUUGAAACGGGGUUGAGGUAAAUCCUGGACUCCAGCUAUAGGGUUUACCUCCAGCAGCUGUUUUGAGUCCGAGCUAUCACUUGCCUUGUCUUGACUGAAAUAUUGCAAUAAGGUAGCUAACACAAGAGAGUCAUCUUACUGUAAAAGACACACCUUUUUCUUAGUGAAGACACAGCUUAUAUCAUUUAUUUUUACCUGGCUGAAUAACCACAUGCGUAAACAACAAAUCAAAAUCAGAUCAAGCUCUCUAAAGAGCGAAUUCUUACCGGUUAUGGCGUGUUUCAUGCACAACAAGAAGGCAGCACAUUUCCCCUGAAAACUUUUAUCUAAGACUGACCUCCUACCUCUAACUGAAGUUCUUAUGCCUACACUUAGGUCAUAUAAUGUAAUUCUCUCCAGUCAGGAGCAAGGGGAGGCCCUGUAAGAUCCUUUCAUCGCAGCCCCCUGGCUCCUCAAGUGCUUCUGAACUCUAGAUGUCUCUGCAGGGAAGAAACACGAGCUUCUGCGAUGUAUAACAAAACAUAAACACAUCUAGGACAAAAUCCUGCCCUUCGUUAGACUUGUAUAACUGGACUACAGGCAAUAGGGCUGCAUAGGUAUGAGAGGGCAGAAUUUGGCCCAUAAUAUUUAAUGAGUGUACUGAAUACACUGUGACCAAACUUACCAGUGACCCACUGCAAUGGCAUUGUCUGAGCCAGUCAGAGUGGAGGGGAUGCUGUGCAGUUAGCUAGGUGUAACUAUGGAUUUCUUUUAGCUACAGAGGUUUCUGGAGUCUCAUUUGUGUCUGACUUGCAUUAGUUUAGUGUUGCCCUUUCAUAAACUGUUCAGUCCACCUAAUCUUGUACUCUGGCUAAUAGUGGCUCUCAGCCACUCGGCAGUGGUUUACAUAAUAACUCUACAGAGAUGCUGUCUCGGCUUCUCACUCCCUUUAGCUGAAGCAGAAAAAUUCCACAGUUUACACACAAAGCCAGACAAAAACUCCCAAGAAUCUGCAGCUGUCAAUCAACUAAAAGAGGAAUUAUUUAUAUAUACACACACACACAAUAUAAAAAAUCCCACCCAUCUGUAUUUUCAUUUCCCUCCUUCUUUCAAUCGCUGCAGGUCUCUUAGCCCCACAAAUGCUGUCACAUUUGCUUUACAAUUUGAAAAUCUGCAGCCCCUCCUUCCCAAUUCAGUUUUCAGCACAAACUGUAAACAAAAGUAUGUUAUUCUGGGGACAGCAGCCUUGCUGGUGUGGAGAGGAGCGAAAUGAAUGUGUGAUGAGAGUUAAGACUGGCUUUGGAAGUUUCUUUACCUUCUGUAGUAUGACAGUCUCUAUUUUGUAGCUUCUUCUCUUUACUCUUAAAAGUUGAAUAUUAAAAAAUUUCAUCAUAAUAACAACUUCAGGCUGCUUCAUGUUAACUCUUUAAUGUCAUGUCCAUGGCUACUAAAUGCUUCUGCCUUUGGCCUCUAAGCUUGUUCAACCCAGGGUAUGAUUACCUCAACACCAGAAGUCCCCUCAAGUUACUGUUAUAACAAAAAGAACAGGAGUACUUGUGGCACCUCAGAGACUAACAAAUUUAUUUGAGCAUAAGCUUUUGCUCAAAUAAAUUUGUUAGUCUCUAAGAUGCCACAAGUACUCCUGUUCUUUUUGAGGACACAGACUAACAUGGCUGCUACUCUGAAACCUGUUAUAACAAAAGUUACACAAAGUGUCUGAAAGACUUAAAAACUCUCCCUGUUGCUUGGAGCCAGUGAGCAGUUGCAAGCUGUAGCUUAGAUAGCAUUAAAGAAAUGCUCCCUUCCUCUUGGUCCUGGACUGAUUUAAGUAAUUCUCUAAGUAAAUAAAUCGGUGGAACCAUCACUGUCAGGAACUCAGAGAAAGAGGCAGAACAGAGCUAGAAAGAGAAAUCUAGACAAAAGUAAUUAAUACAGUGCUGCAAUGAAAUAGACAUGCCUCCCUCCCCUCUCUCCCCCACCCACACACUACCAGUGGGAGGGACUCUAUUAGACAGUUGCAUCUGACAGAAUCAUCCCAGUCCUGAAAUGACUUGGACAAAAAGUCAUCAAAUGCAGUGGUCUGUUCAAAGCUCCCUGUGUACUCUAUAGCAGCGGUUCUCAAACUGUGGGUCAGGAUUGCCUAAAAAUCUCUGUAUUUACUGUGCUGUGAAGACCAAAUAAGGCUGGUGGGGAAGUGUGUGUGUUAAACUCAAGUCUUCUGUCCAAAGCUUGAAUAGAACUAUUUUUACUGGUGUGCGCGUGUGUGUGUCUGCGCUCUCCAUAUUAUUUAGCUUAUUGUAAACAGAUGCUGGCCACCUUACUUAAAGCUACUUUGCACGGGGAUAUUUGUUGAAAUGUUGCAUUGCAUUUGUAUGUCUUUCUCUUUAAAUUUCAACCCUUUUGGUUUACUAGUGACUCUGUAAAAACAUUAGAAUUUUCUUAUAUGAAGGCAGUUUUUCAACUAAAUCUGUGUAAUUCAUCUUUGCAAGGUUUCCUGGUAACUUCACACAUGUCAGAUAAGGAAUUAGAGAGAACUUUAAAGUCCUUCUUUCCACUCAUGCCAUAUCUGUGGCUGACUCCAGAACUCCAUGUAUGUAGUAUAGUUGCAGCCAUGUUGGUCCCAGGAUAUUAGAUAGACAAGGUGGUGAGGUAAUAUCUUGUAUUGGACUAACUUCUGUUGAUGAGAGAGACAAGCUUUUGAGCCACACAGACCUUCAUGUAGCUUGAAAGCUUCUGGUCCAAUAAAAGACACUACCUCUCUCACCUUGUCUCUCUAGAAUUCCAGGUAAUUCAAUUGCUUCUGUUUAACAAACUUAAUCUAAUUCACACAGUUCACCACUGGGUGCUGUCUUAACCUAUAGAUUGCAGUACUGAGCUUCAUGCAGCAAGUAAUACACACUGGUUUAAAUGGCAUUAGCCAUUGCAGACUUCAUUCAACACUUUCUUACUGUUUAAUGUCAACAUUUAAGCCACUCUACAGUGAUUAAGGGAAGUCUUAUGUUUUAAAGGGAAAAAAUCAUUCAAUACAAUGUGCUGUAUUUAUUGCACAAAAGUUCAAUGUACAUUAUAAAGAGUUCAAUAAAAGCAACUUGAGUGACUUAAAA